CCCAGUGGCCGAGAGUCCACAGGAUGCAGUGGACAAAGGUGCUGGGGCUGGGGCUAGGGGCUGCUGCCUUCUUGGGGCUGGGGAUCAUCCUGGGCCACUUUGCCAUCCCCAAGGAAGCCAGCGUCUCAGCCCCCCAGGACCUGGACCUGCAGAUCCUGGAGACCGUCAUGGGGCAGCUGAGUGCCAGCAGGAUUCGGGACAACCUCAGAGAACUCUCCAGGGAUCCGCACCUUGCCACCAGCCCUCGGGAUGAAGACCUGGUGCAGCUGCUACUGCAGCGCUGGAGGGACCCAGAGUCGGGACUGGACUCGGCCGAGGCCUCCAAGUACGAGGUGCUGCUGUCCUUCCCCAGCCAGGAGCAGCCUAACCUUGUACACGUUGUGGGCCCCACUGGGGACAUCAUCUACUCCUGCCGCCAGACCGAGGAGAAUCUGACCGGGGAGCAAGGGGGGCCAGAUGUGGUACAACCCUACGCCGCCUAUGCUCCCCCUGGAACCCCACAGGGCCUCCUCGUCUAUGCCAACCGGGGCUCGGAAGAAGACUUUAAGGAGCUACAGACUCAGGGCAUCAACCUCGAAGGCACCAUCGCCCUGACUCGCUAUGGGGGUGUAGGGCGUGGGGCCAAGGCUGUGAACGCUGCCAAGCACGGGGUGGCCGGGGUGCUGGUGUACACAGAUCCCGCCGACAUCAACGACGGGCUGAGCUCAUCCAGCGAAACCUUUCCCAACUCCUGGUACCUGCCCCCCUCAGGAGUGGAGCGAGGCUCCUACUACGAGUAUUUUGGGGACCCUCUGACUCCCUACCUUCCAGCCAUUCCCUCUUCCUUCCGCCUGGACCUUGCCAACGUCUCCGGAUUUCCCCCAAUUCCUACACAGCCCAUUGGCUUCCAGGAUGCAAGAGACCUGCUCUGCAACCUCAGCGGAACUUUGGCCCCAACCACCUGGCAGGGAGCACUGGGCUGCAGCUACAGGUUGGGUCCGGGCUUCCGACCUGACGGAGGCUUCCCAGCAGACAGUCAGGUGAAUGUCAGUGUCCACAACCGUCUGGAGCUGCGGAACUCCUCCAACGUCCUGGGUAUCAUCCGCGGGGCUGUGGAGCCUGAUCGAUACGUGCUGUAUGGGAACCACCGGGACAGCUGGGUGCACGGGGCUGUGGACCCCAGCAGUGGCACCGCUGUCCUCCUGGAGCUCUCCCGAGUCCUGGGGACCCUGCUGAAGAAGGGCACCUGGCGUCCCCGCAGAUCAAUCGUGUUUGCGAGCUGGGGGGCUGAGGAGUUUGGGCUCAUUGGCUCCACGGAGUUCACAGAAGAGUUCUUCAACAAGCUGCAGGAGCGCACGGUGGCCUACAUCAAUGUGGACAUCUCGGUGUUUGCCAACGCUACCCUCAGGGUACAGGGGACGCCCCCUGUUCAGAGUGUCGUCUUCUCUGCAACCAAAGAGAUCCGCUCACCAGGCCCUGGCGACCUGAGCAUCUACGACAAUUGGAUCCGGUACUUCAACCGCAGCAGCCCGGUGUACGGCCUGGUCCCCAGCCUGGGUUCACUGGGUGCUGGCAGCGACUAUGCACCUUUCAUUCACUUCCUGGGCAUCUCCUCCAUGGACCUCGCCUACACCUAUGACCGGAGCAAGACUUCAGCCAGGAUCUACCCCACCUAUCACACAGCCUUUGACACCUUUGACUAUGUGGACAAGUUUUUGGACCCAGGCUUCAGCAGCCAUCAGGCUGUGGCCCAGACAGCAGGGAGUGUGAUUCUCCGGCUCAGUGACAGCUUCUUCCUGCCCCUCAACGUCAGUGACUACAGUGAGACACUCCGCAGCUUCCUGCAGGCAGCCCAGCAAGAACUCGAGGCCCUGCUGGAGCAGCACAGCAUCAGCCUGGGGCCUCUGGUGACUGCAGUGGAGAAGUUUGAUGCAGAAGCUGCAGCCUUGGGCGAACACAUAUCAACACUGCAGAAGGGCAGCCCUGACCCCCUGCAGGUCCGGAUGCUCAAUGACCAGCUGAUGCUCUUGGAACGGACCUUCCUGAACCCUCGAGCCUUCCCAGAGGAACGCUACUACAGCCAUGUGCUCUGGGCGCCUCGCACAGGCUCUGUAGCCACAUUCCCGGGCCUAUCCAAUGCCUGCUCCAGGGCCAGGGACACAGCCCCUGGAUCUGAAGCUUGGGCUGAGGUGCAGAGACAGAUAAGCAUUGUGGUGAUGGCCCUAGAGGGUGCAGCAGCCACCCUGAGGCCUGUGGCUGACCUCUGACCCCAGCCCUCCCUUUACCCCCACCCUUUCCUGCCUGCUUUCCUGGAUCCUUGUCUUCCUUGGUGCCCGGGGAGGGUACAACCACAGGACCCUCUCAAGCUUCUCAGGCAACAGCUUGGGGUCCCUGAGGGGAGUGGCAAGCCCUGAUGCAACUCACCCUCACCCUGGCACAGGUGGCAGAGGGGACAGGGAUGGUGGGAAUGGCAAAACCACCAACUGCUCUUGCUGGAGGGUGGGUGAAGAUGGGAUGCACGCCAACUCAGAUCACCAAGGCCAACGACCAGUGGAGAAACUGAGGCACGGGGUUCCUUGGGCCUUGCCUAGUCUGUGUUUCUCUCCCUGCAUGCUGGGUGUCCUAACUCCCUACAACAGCUCCCCAAAUAAAUCAAGUCUAGUGAUUGGUACCAACAAAA